AUGACGUCAGCCACGCUAACCGCCGUCAAUGCAACAAACGGCACAAAUGGUCGUGCCUCUUGGGAGCAGAUUGGCGCCAGGAAGCGACAAGAGCUGCUGGCGUCCAUCCCCAAGGAAUGGCUCAUUCCGGCCGACGUGCUGCCCGCCGAGACUGAAGAUGACGUGACUUCGUGGCCCGAGACGUGUGGGUGGUUCACGGCCGAGGAGCUCGCCAUUACAAACGCAUCGGCGACAGAGCUGAUUCCCAGGCUUGCGUCUGGGGAGCUCUCUUGCGAGCAGGUGACGAGGGCCUUCUGCAAGAGAGCUGCGGCUGCCCAUCAGCUGACAAACUGCUUGUCCGAGACGUGUUUUGAUCGCGCCAUCAAGACUGCCAAGGAGAGGGAUCGGCAUCUCGAGCAGACCGGCAAGCCUGUCGGUCCUCUCCACGGCCUGCCCAUCUCUCUCAAGGACAACUUCAACCUCGAGGGCUUGGAUGCCACCGUCGGCUUCGUGUCUCUCGUCGGCGACGCAGCCAAGGCGGAUUCCACGUUGGCGCAGCUCCUGGAGAAUGCCGGGGCCGUCUUCUACGUCAAGACCAACACCCCCACGGCCAUGAUGAUUGCUGAAAGCGUCAACAAUGUAUUCGGCCGCACGGUCAACCCGCUCAACAGGAAGACGACGAGCGGCGGCAGCUCCGGGGGCGAGUCUGCGCUUCUCGCCAUGAAGGGGAGCCCGAUGGGCGUCGGGUCAGACAUUGGCGGCUCGCUUCGCAUUCCCGCCGCCUGCACGGGCAUCUUCACGCUUCGCCCAUCCUCGGGGCGGUUCCCCGUGAGAAACACGCGAUCCGGGAUGCCGGGACAGGAAGCCGUGCAGUCGGUCAACGGGCCCAUGGCGCGGACCCUCGACGACAUCACCAUGUACACCAAGAACGUGGUCGACGGCCAGCCCUGGCUUCUGGAUCCGCGCUGCCUGCCCAUGCCUUGGCGGGACGUGCAGCUUCCCAACCGGCUGAGGAUUGCCGUCAUGUGGCACGACAACAUGGUCCGCCCGACCCCGCCGGUGACGCGUGCCCUUGGCGAGGUCGUGUCCAAACUCCAGGCGGCCGGGCACGACGUGGUGGAAUGGGACCCUGCUGACCAAAAGGAAGGCCUCGAGCUUCUGGGCCGCAUGUUUGUCGCUGACGGAGGCACGGCCAUCCGGAAGCAGCUGGAGAGGACGGGCGAGCCGUGGAGACCGGAGAUGGAGCAGUACAGGGACGCGAAGGAGCUGUCGACGUACGAGAUGUGGAACCUGCAGCUGGAACGAGUCGACUUCCAGAACCGUUACCUGGACCGCUGGAACAGGGCCGGCAUCGAUGCCAUCUUGUGCCCGACCAUUCCGUUCAAUACCGUCAAGAACGGCUCAUUCAAGCAUGUCGGGUACACGGGUGUUUACAACAUUCUCGACUACUCGUGCCUUUCUUUCCCGACCGGCCUAACUGUCGACAAGGCUAUUGACCGCAUUGAGGAACUAUACCAGCCUCUCGGCUCGGACUGCGAGGCCAUCAAUGGUGACUACGACGCUGAGACCAUGCAUGGCCUGCCGAUUAGUCUGCAGCUUGUGGCGCGGCGGUUGGAGGAGGAGAAGGUUCUGGCCAUGGGGGAAAGGGUCUUGGAGGCACUGCGCGCCUAG